AUGUCCACUCCGUCAAUAGCAACCACGAUUCUUCCUGCUCACCACUCCCAAUAUGGCUAUGCCCAUCAAAAUCUUUAUUCCCCUUCUACACGCACAUACCCCGCAACCAACGCUCUUCCUGCGCCUCAAAGACUGACGACCUCUUACCAUUCUUCUUACCCGGCUGCUCCUCAGUACCCACGACCACAACCCUCGCCCGCUGUUUCAUACCGGCAACCAUCCAAUAUCUCAAUGGCUCCCUCCCAGCAGAACUCCACCACCGAGUCUGCUUCCAAACGGCAGCCAGACUGGAAUGAAUUUUACAAAAAUGGCAUUCCCAAAGAAAUUAUUGUUAUCGACGAUGAUUCACCUGAGCCACAGUACCCAGCAACCACCUCCAACACAUCAAACAGACAACCCAGAGCAGAUGCCUCGAAUUACACUACCAACGCCGGCCGAAAACGAAAAGUCGACCAGGGCUAUGAAAUCGAGUAUUCGGACAGCCCAACUUUUUCCACCCAUCCUACCAAAUUCGGUGACUCCUCCUCUGCCUCUUACCAGUCUGGCGAUCGAACAACGUCCCUACAGACUGUGACCGCUCCCACCUCUCUCGAGUCCUAUGCCGGUAACAACGCUAGCAGCAGUUACGAAGAUGUCAGAGCAGGGCAGAAAAGAAAGCGGAUCCAACCACAGAAAGAAACCAGGGCCCAGACGAAAAGGAAGCAACAAGAGUCAACUUCAGAUGCAUUUGCAGACUACAUCCCACCUCCUAAACCGCUUCGCAAGGCUGGCGAUGUUCAUGUCCCAGUCAUUCGUGAUAACUUGCACAAACACCAGAAAGUUGACGACGACGACGGUCAUUACAUUGUUAGUCCCAAUGUACCUCUGACUGAUAGAUACGAUAUUAUCAAACUGCUCGGUCAGGGUACUUUUGGAAAAGUGGUUGAAGCAUUCGACAAGAAAAAGAGAACAAAAUGUGCCGUCAAAAUCAUCAGAUCGGUUCAGAAAUAUCGCGAUGCUAGUCGCAUCGAACUGCGUGUUCUUUCCACGCUUGCACUCAACGACAAGACCAACAGAAACAAGUGCAUCCACCUGCGAGACUCGUUCGACUUUCGGAAUCACAUCUGCAUUGUCACUGAUCUUUUAGGUCAGAGUGUCUUCGACUUUCUCAAAGGCAACGGCUUUGUGCCAUUUCCCAGUUCGCAGAUCCAGAGCUUCGCACGGCAGCUCUUCACCAGUGUGGCUUUCUUGCAUGAUCUUAACCUCAUCCAUACUGAUUUGAAACCGGAGAACAUUCUGCUCGUCCACAAUGCUUAUCAGACCUUCACAUACAACCGCACGAUACCCUCCUCCUCACACACCAACUCUAGAACCGCUCGGCAAAGGCGAGUCCUUCUGGACAGCGAAAUCCGCCUGAUCGACUUUGGUUCUGCUACUUUUGACGACGAGUACCAUUCCUCUGUGGUUUCCACGCGACAUUAUCGUGCACCCGAAAUCAUAUUGCAACUCGGUUGGAGCUUUCCUUGCGACAUCUGGAGCAUAGGGUGCAUACUAGUCGAGUUCUUCACGGGUGAUGCUCUAUUCCAAACUCAUGACAACUUGGAACAUCUCGCCAUGAUGGAGGCAGUCUGCAAUGGCAAGAUUGACGCCAAACUUGUCAAGCAAGUUUCUCAAGGUAGUCGAAGUGCCAACGGAAAUCCUGCUGCAAAAUUCUUCAAUCGAGGAAAGUUGGAAUACCCUAACAACGAAACGUCGAAGGCGUCAAGGAAAUAUGUCAAGGCAAUGAAGCAUCUUCAUGAAUUCAUUCCAGCCAACACUGCAUUCAACAAGCAACUCCUAGACUUGCUGAAGAAAAUCUUCGUCUAUGACCCGAAGAGUAGAAUCACAGCAAAAGAAGCCUUGAAGCAUCCUUGGUUCAGAGAAACACUUGUCGAUGACGGAACUGAAGCAAUUCGCAUCCGGGAACAACGUGCCAAUAUUGGCCCUGAUCCCAAGCGACCACGAGUGUGA